AUGAAAAAUAUAAAUAAAAGCAUUCACCUAGAAAAUGAUGAUUUUUCACUUAAUAUUAACAAUAGUAAUGAUUUUAACCAAAUAUUAGAUGAAAUAAAGUUAAAACAGUUACAAUCCGAAAAGGAAAAAACUAGAAAAAAUGCUAAAUCUAAAAUAAAAACGAAGAAUGAAGAUAAGAAUAAAAGUCAUAAGAAAGAAUUAAAAAAAAAUACAAUGGAAUAUAAAGAAUUUUUGAGAAAAACUAGAAAUGACCAUGACAAAUAUUUACGAAAGUAUAAAAGUGAAGAAAAAAUAAAAAAAAAAAUUUUUGAUGAUACUCCUAUUUUUCCUCAUAUUAAGUCAUUAAUUUGGGAUCAUGAAAAUGAAAACAGAAUUUCUGAAUGUUCAUAUAAUGUGGAAAAUACAGAAGACGAAAAAUUAAAAAAAAAUAAUUCCAUUAAUAAAAAUGGCAAUUAUACCAUAUACGACAUUUACGCAAACACCUUAAAAAAGCUUUCAAUACAAGAUGAAAAUAAGGUUUUAAAAACAAAUAAGAAAGGAAAUUUAUAUAUUAAUGAUAAAAAAAUUCUAGAUAAUAGAAAAAAUAAUUCAUCUGAAGGAAUAAAUAAGAAAAAAAGUAUAAAUUUAAUUAAGACAAAUAUUUCUAACACAUCUUUUGAUUCAUCACCAUAUAGUAUUAUCGAAAGAAAUGAAAGUAAUAACUCAAAAAAAAAAGAAAGCGUAUACGAUCAAAAACAAGAAGAAACAAAACAGAAAAAAAGUGAUAGACCAAAUUACAACCACAGUAAUAACAAAAAUUAUAUUGAUAUGGAAAACUUUAAUAAUAAUUACACCACAAAUAACAAAUUAUAUAAUGAUAAUAGCUUAGUAGAUAAACAUAAUAUAAUCAAAGAUAAUAAUUAUAGUAAAGAUAAUUUCCAUGAAGAAAGAAUAAAAGGAAAAAAAAAAAGAAGAAUGGAAAAAGAACAAGAAUUGAAAGAGGAUGAAUAUGAAUAUGAAAAUGAAAAUGAAAAUGAAGAUGAAGAUAAUGGGAAAAAUAAAGAAAAAGAUCAAGAUGACAGUGAAGACUACUAUAUAGAGGAAGAAAAUAGUUAUGAAAACUCAAUAAAAAUGGAAAAGAAUAAUAAAAAUAACAUGAAUGAAUCAUCAUCCUUAAAAAGUGAAUGUUUCAGAUCUAUAGGAAAAGAAGACUCAAAAAAAAAACAAAAAAUGUAUAAAGAAAAUAGUUGCAAAUAUAAUGAAAUUAAAAAGGAAAAUGAUUAUUUAAAAACUCCAUUUAUUUUGUCCAUUGAAUGUCUAGAUGAAAAUGAAAAACAUAUAGUUAAAAAAAACGAAAUAAAAAACAAAAAUAUUGAAAUUAUGAAUUUAAAUAAUAAUAACGAUACUCUAAAUAAAUAUGAUGGAGAUACAUACUAUAAAAGUAAUUCAUUCCUAACACCAGUAAAAAAUUCACCCGAUAAUAACAUACAUUAUUCAUUAAAUGAUCGAACACAUAAAAAAAAAAUGCAAAAUGGGAAACAAGGAAUAAAUUACUCAAAAUCAGAAGUAACUACAACUGAUUCGGAAUAUUCACUUAAUGAAAAUUUGAAUAUUUCAUAUGAAAAUUUUAAAGCUAAAAAUAAAAAUAAAAUGUUUUCUAUGGUAGAUAAUGGAAAAAAUAAAAAGGAUUUAUUAAAAAUUAUAAACAGUAAAAAUAUUUUAAAUAUAAGAAAAAUAUUAAGAAUUAUGAGAGAACUUUAUAUUGGAUUUAUUGGUUUACAAUUAAUUUAUUUUAUAACAUAUAUUUUAUUUGGUAAUAACAGCGUUUAUUUAAUCCAAAUUAUUUCGAUAUCUUGCACAUUUUUUUCACUUAUGGAUGCUAAUUACCACGGUUAUUUAUUAAAUGGAUUUAUUGACAUAUGUAUAGCUAUUUUUUUAAACGUGGCUAUUCUACAAAAUAUAUCCGGAUUUAAAAGCUUACAAAAUGAUAAUGUGCUAAAAAAUAUAGCCAUAUCAAAUGUAGUUCUACUCUAUAUGUUUUCUAUUUUUUCAUUCUUAAACAGCUAUUUUAUAUUUAAAUUGCAUUCUUUGGAAAAAAAAAGUAUUAAAAACAUUAUAAGAAACAUUGAGUUAAGAAAAGAAAAAGAUGUUAAAAUAGCUAUAUAA